AUGGAGAACGUCAGAAUAGCAGUUGAAGGAUGCUGCCAUGGCGAGCUUGACGCAAUAUAUGAUGCUCUUUUUGCCAAUCCAGACCAUAAGGUCUCUGGUCAAUCGAAAAGAACCAAGUUCAACCCUAAACCACCAGUAGAUCUUCUUAUCAUCUGUGGUGAUUUUCAGGCAAACAGGAACCGGAAAGAUCUCGAGACAAUGAAUGUCCCACCUAAAUUCAAACAUAUGAGAGACUUCCAUUCCUAUUAUAGUGGGAAAAAGAAGGCUCCUGUCUUGACAAUUUUCAUUGGUGGUAAUCAUGAAUGUUCCUCAUACUUAAAAGAACUCGAAUAUGGUGGUUGGGUUGCCCCAAACAUAUAUUAUUUGGGUGCUGCUGGUUCAGUAUGGUUUAAAGGCAUUAAAAUCAGUGGGAUUAGUGGUAUAUGGAAUUAUCAUAGUUUUAAUGCUGAAAGCCAUCAUGACCACGAAUUGAAAUUACCCUAUGACAAUAGCAUAAUCAGAUCUAUAUACCAUGUCAAACCUAAAAAUUUCUUGAAAACUUAUCUACAGGACUUCAACACUGAUAUCGUUGUCAGCCAUGACUGGCCUCAAGGUAUAUGGGAUUAUGGUGAUGUUUCGCUGCUAAUACGUAAAAAGCCCUUCUUCAAAGAUGACAUUCGAACUGGUCGAUUGGGAAGUCCUCUUAAUAGACUUAUAUUAAAUAAAUUACGACCAAACUACUAUUUUUCAUCACAUUUGCAUACAAAAUUUGAAGCCCAAAUCCUUUACUCGGGAGAUCAGUUAUCCAAGGGCUUUAUCACGAAGAAGUUUGAUAAAUUGAAUUCGAAUAGGGUAGGAGGUGAUUUUUCUAUAAGUGGAGGAAACAAGACCCCACAGAAUAAUAAACCUACUUCGGAUCCAACUAAACUUGACAGGCCACUCAGUAAUGAGAGUUUUGGUAACAAGAAUGAGGACGAAAUCCAAUUAGAUAUGGACUCGUAUACUUCAGGUAAUAAGGAUGAAAUAGAAUUGGAUAUGGAUUCACCUAUAAUUCCUGGGGCCGAAUCAAAGAAUAACUUUACUACCAAUGAGGAUGAAAUUGAAUUUGAUAUGGAUUCGCCUGUCAAUCCUGAUGGCCAGUCGAGUGAGAAAUCUACUACCAACCAAGACGAAAUUGAAUUCGAUAUGGAUUCUCCCACUGAUAAAAUUCUGACCAAAAAAAAGGAGCAUCCACCGGUUGAAGUGAAACGAAAUGUAAAUAGAGCAAAAUCUUUGGAACAGAGUCCCCAUGAAGAGACUUAUUUUCUCGCCUUAGACAAGUGCAUGAAUAAACGUCAAUACCUUCAAAUUUUGAAUGUUUCACCCCGUGAUACCAAUCAUCCGUCAUUGAAACCCAAUGACGAUAGACUUUAUUUUGAUUGUCGCUCGAUUGCUAUUAACAAAAUAAUUGAAAAAUACAUCUUGGAGCACCCAAAUGAUUGGUUAAACCUUGAUGCCAGAAAUUUGCUAAGGAUUAAUCAAAAACCAAUUCCCUUGCUCGAGGAAUUAAAGGAAUUAAUAGAUUACGAAGAAAGUAAGAUUGAUUUACGCGACAUGCUAAUUCCGUUGAAUUUCGAGAAGAUUGCACCAACUAACGAAGUUAGUGUCGAUCUUAUUCCACCGAAGUAUUGGGAAAAUAAUCAAACGAAGCAUUACUGUGAAAAGUUCGAUGUCCCUUUCCAUAAAUUAGAUUAA